AUGCCCGAGGCAAUUCAACUGACAAACAUCUAUGAUUCUUUCAUGCAGCUAGGCGAGAGAGUCCAUGUAACACUCAGAACACAACUGGGUGAUAUUGGUCGCUUGAAUGCUCAAAAAGCCAUCUGCCUUCAAUUCCUUGAAGUUAUUGAACAGCAUUUGAACACCAUCCCGCCUGUGGAAAGACGUGUAAUCAAAUCCAGCGUGGAUUGCAUGAUCUGGGAGCUAGAUAUCGCCACCACAAUAUCAUCUGAUCCACUGGAUGCAAGCCCCAUCACCCUAGGAAGUCAUACCAAUACAGGCGAAGAGUGUCAAGGAGGCGCCUGGCUGAACUAUAUCAAUGUCACCCCCCGCACCAUACGCCGUUGA